UAACUGUGUAGGUUAUUGUCGCUAGGCAGCAGCUAAUAAUUGAGCCAUGGCCUUACUGUUUAGUGUGAUAUGUUCUCGUUGUAUCAAUAAUCAAUAAUCACAAUGCGGUUUGAAUAUCAGCCGGCGUGUUGACGAAAUGUUCGCCGUGACAGUCUGAUAUUUUAUUGAUUAACAGCCGCUGAUAAGGAUUGUCAGGACUGGUCUGAGUCCCACAGUGUCUGUUCUCUUAGCUCAGUAGGAAGCGAAACAAGAGCUGCUGAGCGACUUGUCGUUUUCUUUCGUCCUAGACCGUCGGACCUGCUCAAACCUUGAUCGACAUGGCAGCCAAUGGAGCAGGCUGUGAACAGCCUCAGAAACGUGCAGGGGCUAAAGACAGACAGAAUGGAAAGUCUAUAGACUCCUCAGUAAGAGAGAGGCGACAGAAAGAUAAGGAGGAUCGCCUGUCACUGGUGGUAUGGAGGAGGCCUGUCACCACGCUACAUUAUUUCCUCCUGGAGACCCUCAUCAAGCUAAAGGAGUGGACGUUUAAGCUUUGGCAACGACGAGGCGCAGUGUUCUUAGUUUUGGUGUUAUGUUCUAUGUUCUCCAUCGCCUACUCCACUGAGGGAGGACACCAACAAUAUGUUGAGUACCUUGAGAAGAAGUUCCUAUGGUGUGCCUACUGGGUAGGCCUUGGGAUCCUGUCCUCUGUAGGCCUUGGGACUGGCCUGCACACCUUCCUCCUCUAUCUGGGUCCACACAUAGCAUCAGUAACCCUGGCAGCAUACGAGUGCAGCUCCACAGACUUCCCAGAGCCUCCCUACCCAGACCAGAUUGUCUGUCCCCAAGGCGGAGGGGUGGAGGGAAGUGUCUCCCUCUUCUCAAUCAUGUCAAAGGUCCGCCUGGAGGCCUGCAUGUGGGGAGCUGGCACUGCCAUCGGAGAGCUGCCUCCAUAUUUCAUGGCCAGAGCAGCUCGUCAGUCAGGAGCUGAUCCAGACGAUGAAGAUUAUGAGGAGUUUGAGGAGAUGCUGGAGCAGGCCGAGGGCGCUCAGGAUUUUGUCACAAGAGCAAAACUGGGAGUCCAGCAUAUGGUGCAGAAAGUGGGAUUCUUUGGGAUCUUGGCUUGCGCCUCUAUUCCUAAUCCUCUCUUCGACCUGGCUGGAAUAACUUGCGGUCAUUUCCUGGUUCCCUUCUGGACCUUCUUUGGAGCAACUCUAAUUGGGAAAGCCAUCAUCAAGAUGCAUAUACAGAAACUAUUUGUUAUCAUUACCUUCAGCAAGCACAUAGUGGAGCAAAUGGUGUCACUCAUUGGGUCUGUGCCCAAAGUGGGACCAUCACUCCAGAAGCCCUUCAGUCAGUACCUGGAAGCACAAAGGAACAAGCUGCACCAUGCUGGGGGAAGUGCACCAGCGGAUGAGAACUGGCUGUCGUGGGUGUUUGAGAAGGUGGUGCUGGUCAUGGUCUGCUACUUUGUCACUUCCAUCGUCAACUCCAUGGCUCAGAGCUACGCCAAGCGCCUGCAGCAGCAGAGGCACUCGGAGGAGAAGACCAAGUGAGACAAAGCGGUACAAACAUCCAAGAGACUGUGUUUCUGCUGCUGCUGAGAGCCCUCCACUCAGCCCCAGCCACUCUCAACUUAACAACAAACCUCACCCCCCCAUCCAUUCUCAGAGGCUGAACGCUCAAAAAAAAAAAAAAAAAAACAGGCACUAUUUGUUGGUGUGAGUGAGUGAGUGUGUGCGCUUUUGAGGAUGUAUGUGCUGUUUUCUGUUUGUCCCUCUUCAGGUUUUGUAGUUCUUCCUCUCAUCUCACUCUCCAGGCGUGCAUAGUGCGAUCAGUUCUAUAGCUGAUCUUAACUUGUUACUUUAACGUUAAAUUUAACCCAUUCAUUGACCUCAGAAGUUUAAGCAGCGGUUUGGUGGUGACUGCUGUGUGCGGGCAGUGCCCAUCAGCUAUGCCUUAUGCAAGACGGGAAGGUCUGACUUCCCUUGAACAUAGUUCUUGACUUAUAAACUUGAUUUUUAUUUAAUUUUGUAACAUUUAUGUAUGGAUGGAUCUGUUUGUACAGUGUGCUGCCAAGAUAACUGCUAUGGAUGGUCUCUUUUCAGGGUUUAAUUUUCCUCAUGUUUUCGUCCUGUUAAACAGUAAGACCAAUUUGUCUUUUUUUUUCCGUUUCUGGAAUUGUCAGUUUAAAUGGUGAAAAAAAAGCAAUAUCAACUUAAAACAGUGUGGUAUUGGUGGUUUGCACAUUGUGUAAAUAUCUUAAUAUCUUUUUGACAGUAUGCGCAGAUGUGUUUCUAUUCUAAUGGUCUGUGUGGACACGAGUUAACUUGAACCAAAACAAAAAAAGAAAAGAUGAUAUCAUUUGUAAAGUGACGUUGUACUCUCAGCUACCUAGUACCAUUUCUAUUCUGUACAUUUAGGUUGAACCUUGGAUCAGAUCAUAUAUAAAACAUGAAAAUCAUGGCA